ACCUCAGACUUCAGACCUAGUGGUCUUUUAUCUAUGCUUCAGACUUCUGUUGCAAUAAUGUGUCACAUGUGCGAUGUGUCAGAUUUUAAUAUUAUUUAUUUAUGUACAUUGUACAAUAAUGAUAAGAAAUCAUGAUACUUUGAUAAGAUAAAAGAUAAUUUAUAAUUGUUGUUAAUUCUUCCUGUUCGUGCCGAGUGCCGACUGCCGAGACUGUCCAGUGUCUCCGCUCAAUAAUCAUCUCUAGGCAAACAAUAAAAAACUGUCAAACAUCAAAAAAUUUUCUUAGGUUUCUCAUGAGAGAAAUCCUCAUUAAAAAGUGAAGGCAUUCCGUUGACGCUGGCAACGAAACCGCGCGGUGUGAAAUCAUUUAAAUAUUGUGCACACGCCACAUACGUCUUGAGUAAUAAUAAUAGAGCUGUGUGUACUUUGUACAUUCAUUGUACGUGUUAACGUGAAAAACGUUUGUCUCGUGAAAUCGCAUUAUGCAACAACAAUCGUUUCAAUGGGCAUAACCAAGUAUCAAUGGACGAAAGGGUAAGCAUCCGUGGUAAUACAAAGCCUCUAAGGAAAUAUGGCAGCAUAAGUAACAACACAAACUUUGUACGCAAUGAGCACUACAUCAAACAUGUUGUCACGGCGACAGACACAUUGCAAGGGCUUGCACUUAAGUACAGUGUGACGACUGAGCAAAUACGAAAUGCCAACCGACUGUUCACGAAUGACAGUUUGUUCUUAAGGGAACAUCUAAACAUACCUACUUACGAUAUCAAUGCCACUGGAACAAGCAACUUCCAAAAUGACAAAGGGUCAAAACCACCCAAUAUAUCACCAAUUGAAGAGCACAACAUCGAUGACUGUAAUAAUUUCUUAAAUAAAAUAGAUAACAAAAUUGCUAGUGCAAGAGCUCAAGUUAUAGAUAGUCAAGACAGAAGUGUGUACUGUCCAGAAGAACAAGUACUGUUUACACGCCAACGAUUAACAAGUCGUAGAAUACAGGGUCCUUCAAUAAGUACAGAUGAAAUACCUAUAAUAGUGACCCAGAAUAUAAAGUUAAUGAGUUCACGGCAGCGGCUGGAACAAGAGGAAGAAGAAAUGUUUACUCUGUGAUAAAUAAUAAUAUAAUGUACCUAGCCAAUAUUAUGUUUAACUAUAACUAUUUCAUAGUAACUAUCUUAAAAUAAUUUUGAUUGAAAUGUUGACAUAUUAAUAUAAUCUAACUGAAUUGUAACUUGUUUCUAAAAAUCUGUUGUAAUGUAAUUAACUUUCAAUCUAAGUAAGGUUGUGGUUAUGUAAUUAUUUAUGUUUAAAAUUACAUUUAUUUCUUGCCUAUAUUUGACAUGUAACAAAUUAUGUGUUUGGUUCCGUUUCAAUGUUGUAAUUUAAAAUAUUAUUUUUGAUCAAUAAAUUGUGUUUUCUGUUAA